ACCCUAGACAUUCAUCUGCUUGCUUGUACAGCAUUUUGCAGUCAGCUCGUUUGGCUCAUUCAUUCACCUGCUUUACUGGCUACAGCGAUCAGGGGUUUUUUGGGUUGAUCUCGAGGCUUUUCGUUGUAAUUGAUGUAAGUGUGGUUAGGUGUUCAGGCUCAGGUGUUUUUGCGCACAGUUUUGUGAGGAAAUCAUUGUCUGAGAUGGGCUGCGCCGGAUUCACCUGCUCCAAGAAUUCCCUCUGCGCCCUCAACAUCCUGUAUGUGAUGGUGAGCAUGUUGAUGAUCGGCAUCGCUGCCUGGGGAAAGUGGUUUGGCCUGGUCUCAAGUUUCCAGGUGGUAGGGGGCAUCAUCGGCAUUGGGGUCUUUCUGUUCCUCGUAGCCUUAGCUGGACUCAUUGGCGCCAUAAAGCACCACCAAGUUCUUCUGUUCUUUUACAUGAUUAUCCUGUUCCUGGUGUUUGUGGUCCAGUUCUCCGUGUCCAGUGCGUGCCUGGCCAUUAACAAAGAGCAGCAGAAUGAGCUGUUGGAGGUGGGCUGGAACAACUCGCACACCACACAAAGGGACGUGGAGAAGAGCCUGAACUGCUGCGGAUUCUCUCACGUGGAAGUCAACAGCACCUGUCCUGCUGCGUGUUUCACUCAUUCCACAUGUGACACAUGUGCAGCGAAGAUCCAGGAGCACGUUGGGGAGGUGCUGCGCAUCGUUGGAGGGAUCAGCCUUUUCUUCAGCUUCACUGAGAUCCUGGGGGUGUGGCUAACCUACAGAUACAGGAACCAGAAAGAUCCACGGGCCAAUCCUAGCGCCUUCCUGUAAACCCUAGCCUGGACGUGGCAACUUCCUGUCCUCCAUCUAACCACUGGACUUCUUACUAGAGCUCUGUACAACACCAGAAGUGUGUGUUUGCUUUCUCUAAAGCAGAGAUCAGUGCUCGUUCUCGCUGCUGCGUGUGUUGAUCAUUUUGAAAGAUUGCAGUGUUCUGAGGCAAAAAAUAAUAAUAAUCAUGUAUAUAUCAUUGAACUGAAUUUUUUUUGUUGUUGUUUUGAAUGGAGCUACCACUAUACCAAAUGAAAUGGAGGAAUUUCUAUGGAGGAAACACUUCUUCUCAUAGAUUGUUAAGGGCUAAAAGUAAUCAUCAUAUUUACGGUUUAAAAAAUAGACCAACCCAAGAGAAAAACUCUGAGCCAUGUGAAAGUAGUAUUUUAAAAAAAACAGACCUAGGCUACUGAUCAUGAAUGCAAUAAACUGAUCAUGCCUUUUUGGCAUGAAAAAAUUGAAGUUCACUUAAUUGGGGGAAAAAAAUACAGUGCAUGGUCUUUAUUCAUUAUCCGUGCAAUAUGAAUAUGACAGCCUGUUAAGUUUAAUACGCUGGGUUUGACAUACUGUAGCUCGGGAAUUGAUCACAUCAUACUUGUGUGUGCUAUCAAACCAAUUAAAUGUGUGCAUUUCUGUGUGGUUUUGGCUUUUUGCAUGAACACUUCACUAUAGUGUGUAUCCAUGUUCUACGGUUCUGUGAACUAUGCCUUCACCCGUUACAAAAAAAAAAUAAAUAUUGAAGAAGAAAAACAGAA